AGCAUUCCAAGUUCUUUCAGGAAAAAAAAAAAGUCAUUUCCGAAAAAACAAAAAAAUGAGCGUAGCGCCGUGGACUGAACUACCGCCAGAAAUCAUCGAAACAAUCUCCAAAAGGUUAACAAUCUACACCGAUUAUCUCCGAUUCCGAUGCAUCUCUCGCACCUUUCUAUCUUCCAUCCCCAAAACCCCUCUUCAUCUUCCACCACAACUUCCAUGCCUCAUUCUUUCUCACCAAUCAUUUUUCGACCUUUCCACCCAAAAAACUCAUCUCUUCAAUCAUCCCUUACCUUCUCACAAUCGCACUCGUUUUUGCGGUUCUUCUCAUGGCUGGCUCGUAAUUCUCGAUCAAACCCCUCAGAUUCUUCUAUUUAACCCUAUAACUCGCGUUACUCUUUUUCUACCUCCGAUUAACACUUUCCCUAACGUCUUAAGCUUUGAUUAUUCAAACAUAGGUCGUGAGUAUUCUGUUAGAAACCCUAACGGUCAAUUAGCCUAUUUCGAUUUGAAAGAAAUGUGCAACGAUUUCAUUCGGAAAAUUGUCUUAUCAUCGAGUCCUUCGCAAAACGAUGAAUUCACUGCAUUUGCUAUUGUAGGUUGUAAUGAUAGUAAUAAUUUAGCUUUCUGUAAAAAAGGUUAUAAUUCUUGGAUUUUAUUGAGUGAACAAGAGAUUUACCACUUUUGGGAAGAUGUUGUGUAUCAUAAUGGUUUGUUUUAUGCUGUCAACAAGGGAGGAACAAUUGCUGUGUGUGAUGUUGAGGUUCCUCGGGUCUCUAUUAUUCGCACGACGGCUCCGGUUGAAUUCUAUGGUGAUAUUUUUUACACUGUGUUUUCUGGUGAGGAACUGUUGUUGGUUACUCGGAUUUUGGAACAAGAUUUUUCUGAUGCGGGGGAUAUGUUUGUGUAUAGGACGGCGAGGUUUGAGGUUUUUAAGAUGGAUUGGAAUUUGAUGACAUGGAAUAAAAUUGAAACUUUGGGUGAUAAGGCUUUGUUUGUAGGUGGAAAUUCUUCUGUGUGUUUUUCUGCUAAUGAUUUUGUUGGGUGUUGUGCAGACUGUAUCUAUUUCACUGAUGAUUAUUCGGAGUCUAAUCAUGAUGAUGUUUGUGGGAAACAUGAUUUUGGCAUCUUUAGAUUACGUGAUCGGACUGUUGACCCAUUGUUGCCUAGUGAUUCUCGAAAUGCAUUUUCUCGGUUGGGAUGCCCGCUUCCAGUUUGGAUUUCGCCAAAUCCUUACUGAAUUGUGUAAGUCUAGCCGCCUGUGUUUGUACUAGUAGUGUCUUAUUUAGGCUAAUUUCCAAAUGCCCUGUUUAAAAGCUUGCCUUGUUGUUAUAUUGUGUAUAUUCAUGUCACAUAGAGAUUGUAUAUUGUAAAGAAAGAUCAAUGUAUUAAUUCAGUAAGCAACAUAUUUUAUGUACUGUAAACUUAUAUACUGUAAACUUAUAUUAUAUGAAUAUACUUAUUAUAUACUUGGUGAAUGAAUUUGGUCUGGAUUAGAUUGGAGAAGAGACUGUAUAAGUUUUGACUAAGAUGAAGGCAUAAUGAUGUUAUACCAAUAAUUACCGACCAAAAACAUUAAGGUGAAUGUUUUAGGUUAAAUCAUGUGUUUUAAAUAACUUGCCAUUACGUGAAUUGAACUCGGAACGCCUAGCACCCAAAGUGAGAAGCAUCAUACCACUAGACCAAAUGGCCUUGGAUACUGGGAUAUUUUUUCAUAUUUACAUACUAAUCAUGUCAUUCAGAAUUUAAAUUCUUUAGUAUAUUUGUCGGUGUCUUGGCGAUGCCCUCCUGGCAUUUUUUGUUAUAUUUGAUCUGCGAUUUGAUUUCUGUCCAAUAUGAAAAGAUACUAAGCAGACAUGUCGAGAUGAGUCAGGGACAAACAAGGGCAGCAUGUUCAGAUUUCGGUUUUGCAUAAUGUAUUUAUUUAAUUUUUCCAUUUCCUGUCUCAUAUCUGAAGGAGCUAUUGUACAAUUGAUUGUUGUGAACCCAGUUUUGCACUCUCUUACAAUUUUGCUCUGUAGUUAUGUUAAAUAUUAGACUAGUGCAGUAUUAUACAACAAUGAAUUGAUUCAAAUUUAUAAGACUAGUUUUGACACUUCAUGUUUUUAUUUGUUUAUAAAUUUUAUUUCGCUGUCGUAGUUUUUGUUUUCUGUUGUGUUGUCAUCUAUUUUCAACGCUCUAUCAUAAAAAUACCGCUGUGAACAAUGGAAGCUUUUUACCUUAACAUUUGGAAUGUGCUGCAUACAUAUGUUGUGCUCGGAUCUACUUUGAUCAUCGAUGGUUACAACUUACAAAUGAGAAUCUUGAGACUCUUGAGGAACAUGAGCAAGAACUUUUCUCUCGACAAAAUGUUGGUGGUUAUUUUGCUUCUGUCGUGCUUGAUGACAAUUGAAGGAAAUUCUCAUCCAUUGACUUUUAUGGAAGGACAUUGAUGUGGUGGAUAGGUAUUCACCAUACUGUUAAAAUCUGUUUGAGCGGAGAUUACAUUUCACCUAACAUAAUUUGUAUCGCACCAAAGGUAUGAUGCAAUUGCUGGUCCAUUCUGAUUGUUAUAAAAAAUCACUUCUAUACUUGAGAGGCAGGGUUAUCUAACAAUAUAUUUCAGGGUUCUUCUGUCACUCAAUAGUCAAUACUGUAGUUUGAAUUAAAUUUCAAUUAAGCAGUAGUAUAGGAAAGGUUAUUGCUUACUGCUGUUGAGUGAAUGAUUAUAGUCUACUACCAGUACUAUGAGUAUAACCUUGUCUUGUCAAUUUUCGUAUGCAUUCAAUUUCUCUCCAAUCUCUCGUUUGCCAUACAUACUUACAUUUCAUCUGCCAAUCUCCUUUUCAUUAUUCUGCAUGUUCCUAGUUACAUUAUCGUUUUGAAUAACUUUCAUUCAAAUCUUCGUCAAAGCACCUAUUCAAUGGAGCUGACUGAGAACUUGAACUAAUAUAUAAGGUUGUCGUAAAAAUAUUAGUCUCUAGUCCAAAAUAAUAUCUGAUGUUGUUUACCGUGUCUUAAGAAAUUUGUCUGGGAUUGGGAGGGAAGCCCUUGUUUCACUUUGCAUUUACCAUCGACAUACUUUUAGCUGAGCUUGGAUAUCAUUCUUCUAUCAUUCUAUGCCUCUGUUUUCCUCCAUGUUUCUUUCUGUUUUAGUGAAAUGGGUUUGUGAGACCAGGGAGAAAGAUAUAUCCAGUCCUAUUUAAUUCAUAUGGUACGCUGCUCUGUGCGUGUCUACAUCAUAUUACAUUGCAUCAAUUGUUACACUUUUUACAACAAUAAAGUAGCAAUUCCAAUGAAGUGGUUUUCUAAGUACAUGACAUAUGUUGUUUUCUAACUGCAGUUAAAAUAGUGAUGAAAACGCUACACUUGUUUCUUAUUCUUAGUAAUUUGAUCUUGGUUUUUUCUUGGUGUCUUUAUUUCAUUGGUGGAAUCUCAAACAUAGAAAACUGACAUUUCUUUUGAUUACUUGUCUCUGGGCUUUAAUCUUGAACUGUGGUUAUAAAAAAGAUAAUGUUAUACAACAAACCUUGUCCACAUUAGCUUAUCUUUUUCAUCCAUGAAAUUAUUUGACGAUAGACAUGAUGCUCUAGGUGGAAUAUUAGUGAAUAUUUUCUUUGGUUUGUGAGUAUAGUUGCAUGAAAGUGAUGACAAUUGUUUAACAUUCAUCUCAAAGCAGGUAUCAUCUGUCGGAACAUUCACUCUCCCACUCUUUCUGCGAUUUUUAUCCUCUUUUCAUAGGAAAAAAAAGACUAUGUUCACUUUUUGAUCCUGAAAUUUAUUUCAAUUUUAACAGGUUCCAUUACUGAACAAAUAAGUCAACAGAGGAAGAUCAUCAAAAAGUUCCUUGAAGCUUUGCAAUGUGGUUGUAGCCUAAUAUCAUUUGCACCGAUGCCUUGGAAAUGGAUCCACUGGUGGUGGUGAACCGUGUAAGAGGCUACUAAAUUUUGAAAUACUUGGAUUUGGUUCUGAAGUAACAUGAGAGGAUUUUCUUGUUGGAUUCCAGGAACAAACGUGCCUUGGAAAUGGAUUAGACUAAUGUUUUUCAUUGUUUAAGUUUAAGAGUUGUGUCUACGAGCUCUUGUCUUCUUAGUUCAUGCUCCCUUUGGAAAAUUAAACAGGGAAAAUUUAAGAAGAAUAAAUUAAACAUCUAAGAGGAUUCUUUCCA